AUGGAUAAUGACGCCGACGAGGAGGGACACCAAGACGAGAUCGAAAAUCUUGGCGGGCAGUUUGCCAAUCGCACCAUCUCUGCAGAAAACUGGACAAGCCUAUGCCGCCUGUUCCAGUGCCAAGAGAAUAUCACUGAGCACAGACCGGUUGGCUUUAAGCUGACUAUCUCUGCCUACCAACUUCACGCCGUCUGGUGGCUGGUGACACAGUUCCUAAAACGGGGCAUGCCGGGCGGCUGCCUUGGUGACGAAAUGGGUCUGGGCAAGACGAUUAAGGUGCUUGCCGCCUUUGUUAUAUUCGCUCUCAUCAAGGCGAAUCAUACAGAAGUAUAA